AUGUCUGCCUUUCUACGCACAAUUCCUUCCAUCAGAUCGUCGAUCCUGCGGUCCGCCAAACUGCAAUUGAGAACAUACGCCUCGUACCCACCACACACAGUGAUUGGGAUGCCUGCUUUGUCCCCUACAAUGACUCAGGGUAGUUUGGCAGUGUGGUCGAAGAAAGUGGGCGACCAGCUGGAACCGGGUUGCGUUUUGGCCGAAAUUGAGACCGACAAAGCCCAAAUGGAGUUUGAAUUCCAAGAAGACGGAUUUUUGGCCAAAACUUUGGUGCCAGAGGGCGCCAAAGACUUGCCAGUGGGUAAGCCCAUCGCCGUAUACGUGGAAAACGAAGGCGAUGUCGCUGCUUUCAAGGACUUCACCGCCGAGGACUCUGGUGCCGGUUCCGAGAAACCAGCCGCCACACCUAAGCAACAAGAUAGCAGUGCCAAGAAGGACGAAGUGUCCGCACCCAAGUCUACUGCGCAAAAAUCGACUUCUGCUACUACAACUGACAGAAUCAUCGCAUCUCCAUUGGCCAAGACCAUCGCUCUAGACAAGGGCAUUUCGCUCAAGUCCGUGACCGGUACUGGCCCUAACGGUAGAAUCACCAAAGCCGACGUGGAAGAAUACUUGAAGAAAGCGCCAGCUUCUUCCGGUGGUGCGCCAGCUGCUACCGGUGCCGCCGCUGCCUCGGGCCCUGCUUCCCAGUACGAAGACAUUCCUAUCACCACGAUGAGAAAAAUCAUCGGUGACCGUCUACUAGAAUCCACCUCUGGUACUCCAGCGUACAUUGUGUCGUCACAAAUAUCCGUUUCUAAACUUUUGAAACUGAGACAGUCGCUAAACGCUUCGGGCAAGGACCAGUACAAAUUGUCGGUCAACGACAUGCUAAUCAAGGCCAUCACCGUAGCUGCGCAAAGAGUCCCAGACGCCAACGCAUACUGGAUGGCUGCAGAAGGUGUUAUCCGUAAAUUCAAGAACGUGGACGUUUCCGUGGCUGUUGCCACCCCACAGGGUUUGCUGACGCCAAUUAUCAAAAACGCGGAUUCCAAGGGUCUGAUUUCCAUUUCGCAAGAGAUCAAGGAGUUGGGCAAACGCGCCAAGAUCAACAAGUUGAAGCCUGAGGAGUUCCAGGGCGGAACCAUCUGCAUCUCUAACCUCGGCAUGAACAACGCCGUCUCCUUUUUCACUUCCAUCAUCAACCCUCCUCAAUCUACCAUCCUGGCCAUCGGUACCGUGCAGAGAGUACCCGUCGAAGACGCUGGCGCCGAGUACGGUUUCUCUUUUGACGACAAGAUGAACAUCACCGGUACUUUUGACCAUAGAACCAUCGACGGUGCCAGAGCCGGCGACUUCAUGAAGGAGCUAAAGAAGGUGGUUGAAAACCCACUUGAGAUGUUGUUGUAA